UGUUUUAUGUCUGAAACAGACAUUGAGCGAGUUCGUAUUUUAUAGUCCCGUUUUUUCCACGAGUUUUUUGGUCGUCUGGGUCACUGUUUCAGGAAUUGGGUUUUUGUCUCCUGUGUUGUUUCUCUGUUUCUUUAUGGAAUUUGUUUUGGUUUGAAAUUGGGUAUUGAGGGUCAUAGAUUUUCUUAGUCUUUAUAAUUCGUCAGUGGGUUUUGAGCGGUGAAUAGAGAUUAAGGUAGUUAAAUUGGUUGUUGGGUUUUUGGUUUCAAUUCACGAGAAAAUUGGUGAGUCCCAAGAAAGCUGUGAGGGGGAAAGCUCAGGGUCUCAACUGCUUCUGUGAGCCAUUUUCUACUGCCCUCAUAAGUAGUUUUUCUUAGGGUUUGGGACUCUACUUUCAGGUUUUGUUUUGGCGAGAGUUCUGUCUUCUUGUUUCUUCCUUUUGAUGUCCUUAUUGUGUUUUUGAAAUGAAUCAUUCUGGGGCAGAAAGUAAUCAGAGAGCAGCAGUUGAAGUUACAAAGGACAAGAAUGGAAUUGAACAGGUCAUUCUCCAGAACACUCGAGGAGCUUCAGUGAGGGUUAGCUUGCAUGGAGGGCAGAUUCUUUCAUGGAGGACUGACCGUGAUGAAGAAUUAUUAUUUACUAGUAGUAAGGCAAUCUUUAAACCACCACAAGCAGUGCGAGGAGGAAUAGCAACUUGUUUCCCACAGUAUGGAAGCCGUGGACUGCUGGAACAACAUGGGUUUGCCAGGAUCAAGAUUUGGGUCUUUGAUGAAAAUCCUCCACCCCUGCAUCCCAAUGAUUCAAAUGGAAAAGCCUACACUGACCUGCUACUUAAACCAUCUGAAGAAGAUCUAAAGGCCUGGCCCCAUAGUUUUGAGUUCCGUCUUAGAGUCUCUUUGGCAGAGGAUGGAUAUCUAACAAUGAUAUCACGCAUCAGAAACAUCAAUUGCAAGCCUUUCAGUUUCUCAUUUGCGUAUCGUACAUAUCUCUCCAUCUCUGAUAUCAGUGAAGUGAGAAUAGAGGGUUUGGAGACUCUCGACUACCUUGACAACCUGUGUGAGAAACAGCGCUUCACGGAACAAGGAGAUGCCUUGACAUUUGAAUCUGAGGUGGAUCGAGUUUAUCUUAGCUCUUCAGAUGUGAUUGCUGUUUUUGAUCAUGAAAAAAAGCGCACAUUUACCAUACAGAAGCAAGGACUUCCAGAUGUAGGGGUCUGGAAUCCGUGGGAGAAGAAGUCCAAAUCCAUAGUGGAUUUUGGGGAUGAGGAGUACAAAAAGAUGCUUUGCAUUGAUGGAGCAGCAGUGGAGAAACCAAUCACCUUAAAACCAGGUGAAGAAUGGACAGGCCGGUUGGAGCUCACUACUGUCCCUUCAACUUAAUAUUGACCAAUCCCUAUUCCCACGAGAUUAUUUUCAAGAUUGAACACUACUAAUACCAAUAACCAACUAGAUCGGAAGGCUGCUUUUUUGUUUGUGCUAGUGGCAACCACCAAUGCUCCCUAUAAUCUGUAUUUGUGAUGUGAAAUUGAAUAAGAACAUCACCUCCUAGAUUGGUGAUCUGGGUAAUCUAAUUAAUGUUCCUGCAAUUGAAGAUGGAGACCUGUUUUAGUGUUCUCUCCACUUUGUUUAUGGCAGAAAAUGUAUACAUUUACCUACAUAGAAUGUAUAUGGACUUUGGAAUAAGUGAAAAUGUAAUCUAAUCUAUGUUCCUGCAAUGAAGCUGGAGACCUGUUUUAAUGUUUCUCUCCACUUUAUUUAGGGCAGAAAAUGUAUACAUUUACCUAUAUAGAAUGUAUAUGGACUACGGAAUGAGUGAAAA